CUGUCGACUGUGUCUCUGUCGACUGUGUCUCUGUCGACCAAAACAACACUUCUUUCACAGGUGAUAGCCAACCUAGAUCGCCAUCUUGAAUACAAACGCGGAAUGAUGACGUCGUCUUUCUGCGCGGCGUUGGUUGUCUAGGUGAUUAAACGCUACACAUGUUGCCAUCUUUUUAGAUAAAGGCUGAAGUCCACAAAACGUCAGAAAGAAAAGAUGUAUUCUGCCAAAACAAUGAUCGGUUGCCAUGUUUGUUCGUUUAUUCCCGUGAAAUGCAAAUUGUAGAAGCUCAUCUCUAAUAUUGAACUAUAAUAAAAUAAAAUACAAACCUUUGACCAGUGAGCAGAUAAUGUAGCCUAUUGCAAGCCGCUCUUGGAUGUUAAUGAUUAUCCUCACGCUAUCUCAGCUCUCUCACUUACUGUUGAGUGUUCAUGACAGCAACAGCUCAGAGGCAAUGUCCACUUGCCAGCACAACUGGCUGGAGUUCUUUUUGGAAUAGGCCUACUCAUGGACGUUUUCUCUUGAUACACUCUGGUUAAAGCAACAAGAAUGGCCGUUUCACAGGUUUACGCAAUCCCGUGGACUACAGCCAUAGUUUUUAUAUUUUUACCUCACUUAAAUCUGGCAUUGUUGUCUGACUACAAGAUCUGUGGAGAUUCUGAGUGUGAAAGCCUGAUGAGCAGAGUGCAGGCCAUCAGGGACCACCCUGGUAAGGACUGCCGUUUCCUGAGCUUCAGACAGGGAGACAUCAUCUUUGUUUACCACAAACUAUCAGGAAAGAGGGAAGAUCUCUGGGCAGGCAGUAUUGACAAACAGUUUGGCUAUUUCCCAAAGGAUGCAGUGCAAGAGGAGCAGGUUUAUGCUACUGUGGAGAAGGUAGUGGAAACACAGAAAUCUGAUUUCUUCUGUAUGGAUGAGUUUGGUUAUCCAAUUGACUCCAGUCAUCUGGACAAUGAUGAUGAUAAGGAUGAUGAUGAUGAACCAAAUAUCAUCAUCCAGGAGUCAGAAAUCACCCAAACCACAACACACCCUGUUGACACAAAUGCUGAAAGUCCUUCAACAUCUGAAGAUCCCUCUACAGAAUCUCCAGUUUCAGCAGAGGACGCUGACGGCACAUCGACAGAAGAGGAGGAAAACAAAAAUGCUAGGGAUGCUGCUGUCAGGAUUCACGAGGAAGCAGGGGAGACCUCUGCAGCUCUGAACGAACAAGGUGGGUCUGCCCCCUCCUCCUGGCUUGGUUCUUCCAUGACAGGAUGGUUAGGUCUGGCUAAAGAGGAAGAAGCUGGGAAUUUGGCUGAAGGAGAGAAAAAUGCUGAGAGAAAAGAGAUGCAGGCCAAAGCUUCUGUUGCGUCUUCGGUGACAGGAUGGCUGGGGUUUGGAAGAGAAGGAAAACCUGAUGAUGCUGUGAAAAGUACAGAAGAAGACAGAGGAACUGCUGAUUCUUUCACUUCAACCAUGACUGGGUGGCUUGGCUUAGGAGGAGAGAAAAAAACAGAUCAUCCUGCAAAAGAAGAGCAAACUGAAGAACGAGAAGAUGAUGAAGAACCAGCAGAGACAUUCAGGAGUAGAAGGAUUUCUCUGGACCUAGAAGGCAGCCAAUUACAUGAAGAGGAAAAGAGAGAGAUGGGGACAUUGAGUUGGCUAGGUAACGGACUGUCAAGCACGCUGGGGUUUGGCCUGACCAAUCAGGAGUCAGGGCCUGAGACAACACCUGAAGUAGAGGCUGAGGAGACAAUCCAAGAGGAGGAAGAACAGCCAGCGUCUGGUUCUUGGUUGGAUAUAGGGAUCAGGGAUAUUUUAGGCUACAGGAAAGUCAAGAGUGAAGUCGAUGAGAGUACAGAAAGCGAUUUUAAGGAGACAGAAGAGGACAAAACCUUAGAACAACCAACAGCCUCAGAGAAUAGUAAUAGUAAUCAAUUACAACCUGUACUGACAGAAGAGGUACUUCAGACAGCAGCAAGGAUAGUGUCCUACCUAAAGAUGCAGCAUCCAAGGUAG